AAGUGGCGCAGCAGUGCAAUUGCAUCCUAAACACCUCGUUGCAGUUCUCACUACGUGUAUUGUUCUCAACUUCGAUCAGGUUGUCUUAAACUAUCGCUUGACGGUGCAGGGAGCGUCUCAAAACAAAGUAUCACUGUUGGUAUUCUUAACUGAGACUACUGUUUCGUGAUUCCCUGCAUAAUGUGGAGUUAAUAGUCCAGUUAAACAGAUGGCAUCAUGGCAUCAGGGGACAGCCAGCCAUAUGUAACAGAAGAGCAAAGCUCCUUCAACAUAGAUAGUGUGCAUCAUCUGCUUCAGGCUGAACAGGAGGAAACCCAAAAGAAAACCUUUACUAAAUGGAUUAAUGCACAGUUGGCAAAACAUCACCCUAGUUCUACAGUUGUGGACCUGUUUACAGACCUGAGUGAUGGUCAUAAGAUUCUAGACUUAUUGGAAGUACUUUCGGGUCAACAGCUGCCACGUGAGAAAGGUCAUGCAGGAAUUUUUCAGUCAAGAAGCAACAUAGAAUAUGCCCUGGAAUAUUUAAAGAAGUCGGUCAAACUUGUCAACGUGCAUGUCGCUGACAUUACUGAAGGGAAUCCUUCUAUUAUUCUUGGAUUAAUUUGGACAAUAAUUUUACACUUUCAGAUUCAAGAAGUUGCCGGCAUCCUUGGCUUAGGCCCACAGCCUUCACUUCCUGAGUUUGCAGCUAGCAGUGAUGCUUCCCCAACUGCAAGUCCUCCAGCCAAAAGAAGUGCCAAAAUUCAGUCAAAAUGGAAGCUGUCUGCCAAGCAGGCCCUGUUAUCAUGGGUGAAGGAACAGUGUUCAAAAAGUGAGGCAGUACCUGUUAAUGAUUUCACAUCAAGCUGGAGGAAUGGGCUGGCAUUUCUAGCAGUUAUACAUUCUUUAAGGCCUGAGCUCAUCAACAUGGAAGAAGCAUACCAGGGUUCAAACAGAGAAAAUCUGGAACUCGCCUUCAGAAUCGCAGAACAGAAACUAAAAAUACCAAAACUUAUUGAACCAGAAGAUGUCGACGUUGCUCAACCAGAUGAAAAAUCAGUCAUGACUUAUAUUGCCCAGUUUCUUCAGUAUUCCAAAGACUCUUCAGUGGCUGAACAGGAAUUACAGGCCACACCUGAACCUGUGUCUGAAGAUCAGGCAUUAUUUGCCAGUGACAGUACAACUUCCAAGUCAUUUACAGAGGAAGCAUUAGACCUUUUAACUUGCUCUUGUGAUCUUUCAGCUAAUAACCUAAAAACCAUUAUUGAGCAAGUGGAGAACAUGGAUAUCAUGACAAUAGAGGAAGAGGUAGAAACUCUUACAUGUCUGCCAAAGAAAACUGCAAAAAAACGUGCUAUGCUGAAAAAACUGAAAGAACAGCUUGCUGAGAUUGUGAAUAAAAGGUCGGCCAUCUUGAAAAGUAUGAAUGAGUUGCUUCCUGCAGUUGAAGUGAUGGAGGAGUGCAUUAAAAAAAUGGAGGACUUGGUUUCUUGUGGAGAAGAACAUAUAAACAGCAUAACAAAACGAGAGCUCAGAAAAGAAGAAAAGGAACAAUAUUUACAGGCUCUUGACAGUUACAAAACUGCCUGUGAUUAUCACACUGCAGAAGCAGAUAAAGCCCUGCAAAUACUGAAUGAACAAAUUAAGAUGUCUGUGAUUGGAAGUCAGCUUCAGACAGAUGGACUCCAGACAAGACUUACAGAAGCCAAAGAUGCUGUUGAGGGAACUAUAUUUGAAAUUGAGACCAUCCUUCAAAAAUGUCAGUAUUCUCCAUCAGAAGAAUAUUGCAUCAGGAGGAACUUUACCAAGUCAAAACAGGAACUUGAAGCAUACAUCAGUAAAGCUGUGUCACUGCUUAGUGAAAAGUCUGAGCCUGAUGAAUUUGUCAAGAAAUCUGAGGACAUAUAUAUUGGUAAUGGAAAUGAAGUCCUUCAUAAGUUUAUUAAAGCAACAGAAGAACUAAAGAAGAUUUCAUCUGAAAUUAAACAGCAGUCUAUGGAAGAGAAACACCAUCUUCUUAAAAUAUGGGAGGAUAUUAAUUCCAAACUUUCAUCAUGUAUUUUACAAUCAAAGUUUGAAGUAGAAGUGCGAAAAUUUGAUAAAAGCGUUUCACAGAUUGAGCUGCAGAUAAAAAGGGAGGCUGAAAGUAUCCCAAUGGUGACUGCUGAAAAACUCCUUCAAGAACAUGAGACAUUCUUUAAAGGAGAAGCUGGCAUUACAUUUCUUAAUAACAUUCUAGAAGCCAUGAAAGAAAUAUGUGAAAAGCUGUCCUGUGAUGAAAAGUACAAGGAAAGAACAGAACAAAUUGCUGAAUGUGAACACAAGAAAGAAAAGCUUGAAAAGUCUUUAGAAAGUGUUCAUCAAAAUUUAUUAGCUCAUCUAAGCAAACGGCAAAGUCAUGAAAUGUGUGGAGUGCCACCUGAUUCUGCAAAAGAUGGUGUUGUAGAAGCAGACAUGGAAGUCCAGCCUUUCAGUUCAGAUGCUUCAAUAUUCAAACAAAAGGAGUCAUCACUGGAUUCUACUUCAGAUGACCGAGAUGGACUAAGUAACAAACCACUGGAUUAUGGGAAACGUAUAUUUGAGGACACUACAGAAUCACUAGAAUAUGAUAAAGAAGUGUCAGCAGUCAGUCCCCAACGGGAAGACAAAGAAGCUUCCCUUAAAGAUAUAUCAGAAAGUUAUACUGCAAAGAGGAAUGCACUGGAAAGUCAGCUUACCAAGGCGAAUGAUGUGGUUAUUUCUGACAUUCCUGAUGUCCCAGUUAGUAUCCCUGUUCUUCAAGAAAUGCUGAAAACUCUCCAGGCUGUACAGACAGAAACGCAUUGCUGCUUUGCAGACUUUGAAAACACAGUUCCUCAGAUGAAGUCAUUUUUCAAGAAAAAGAAGAAGAAAAGGCAGUCUCUGUCUAAAACUGCUGAAACACUUAGUGCAGAGUGGAACAAAGUACAAAAGAGCCUUGAAGCCAGAUCAAAAUCCUUGGGAGCUGUUGUUGAUAGACUUGGUGCAAUGGAACAUGACAUUACCUGUCUCUUAGAAUCAUUUCAGCAGUUUCAGAAAACUCCAAGAACUCUAAAAAGAUUUGCACUUGACAACUCUGACUUAUUUCAGAAACAACUGCAGGAUCUUCAAAAUAGCAUUGCAAUGCAAAUGAAAGUGUGCAACAAUAAAGCACUCUUCAAAAAUGAAGCAACAAAUGGCCUUACUGUGGGAGACGUACAUGCAGCAUGGAAAGUUGUACGAAAUUACAAAUCACAGUUGCUUGAAAUAAGAAGUAAGGUACAAACCACUGGAGCAGCACACUUGUCUGUUGAAUCUUUUUUGAAAUCCUUAAGGGAAGUUGCACAAAGUUUGCAUGGUCAGGGAGAUGUCCACAGCUCUGUUGUAAUGGCAGAUGACCUGGAUGAGGCACAGAAGAUGUUAUUUCCCCAGUCUGUAAAUGUUGAUGAGCUGAUCCACCAAGCAGAGAUCUGUCUGAAAGAAUCAGAGUCUGGUCAAAGAACCUCUUGUCAGAGCAUUCUAGGAAAAUUAUCACAAGAACCAAAGAAGUCACCUAGAAAGACCAGAACAAGAAUAUGUGAUAGUCUACAUAAAGAGACGUCCACAAACUUGCUUUUGCAAAUUAAUGGUCUGUUUAAAAACCUGCAAGAACUAUACAAAAGAGUAGAAAGGAUCGGUCUGAAAGAUCCCACAAUACUUGCAGCUCAGCAAAGGUUAAAAUGUCUGAAAGAGACUGAAAGUGAAAUGGGUGCUUAUGAAAGGUCACUACAACACAUUAAAGAAGCAGCCAGUCAGCCUGCUUUGACAGAUGUAACAGAUGGUAAUGAUAUAGGAAGCCAAUUGUCUAAUACAGAAACAUUACUGGAAAAAACAAAGCAUUUGAUAGAUGACAGCAAAGAACAUUGCUCUGACUUGUUGGAUUUGCUGAAGGAGGUCCAGAGAGACAGGCAUGAUGUAGCAACUCUUGUACAGAAAGGUGAAAAUGUUAUUUCAGGACAGGCAGCAUACAUGAGCAAAGAAAAUGUUCAGAGACUAAUAAGAGAGGUUGAAGAGGUCAAAACAGAGUUUAGUGACAUGUCAGCUAAGAUUUGGCAGUUGCAAAAUGAAAACAAGCGUCUGCAAUCAUCACUCAAGAAAGUCACAGGUUUUGAAAGCAGUCCUUCUGAAAAUGAAGUCACCACUUUAAUCGAGAAGUGGCUUGAUGUAAAUGAAAAAAUAGAUAACUACAUUGGUGACAUGCAAAGAGCAUUGGCACUAUGGGAAAAACUUAGCAGAUCAGCAAGUGACAUCGAUCAGUGGAUGAGUAAAUGCCUGUCAGAACAAAGUGUUUCAGAUUUGGAGGCUGGAAUAAAAGUUCAUGAAGAAACUAUAAACCAGUUUAGUAUUAAAAUAUCUGAAAUACAGAAUCUUCUACAUGUAAAUGAACCACCGCUAGAACUGCAGAGGGCUGAAUCUGCACUUAAAAGGAAAAUGGAGCAAGUAAAAGAACACUUUUCAAAAAGGAAUGAAAAUCGUUUUGAGUUUGGCGACAGAAUAAAAGAAAUGAACCAGGAACUUGACCAGACUGCAUUGUCUCUUAAAAAUGCAGAGACAUUAUUAAAUUCUUUCAUUACUUUGGACUGUCCAGUGGUUCUUUGCACGUUGCAGGAGAUGCAUCAGAAAAUUAUACAUCAGAAAAACAAGCUUAACAUGCUGCUGGAAGAACUGAACAAGUUACCCCCAAAUAUAAGCUCAGCUGAUGUAGAAAGUCUAAAGGGAAGGAACACUAUUUUGCAAAAGCAAUGUGCAAGUCUCGGUAAUUUAGUGACUACAAAACUAGGGACAGCAAAGGAGUCCUGCUCUCAUCUUUUAAAUGCAUUUAUUGUGUUGUAUAUUUAUUUACUUUUUACAGAUCAGUGUAAGACGUUAGUUGACUGGAGUGUUGAUGCUCAGCAGUCUUUGGAAGAUUGCUUUGAUCAACUGAAAUCAAGGCAAGCAGUUGAAGAAAAGCUGAAGAAACUGAAGGAUUUUUUCUCUUCUGGAGUAAGUGACAAAAUUUUUACAGAAUUUAAAACAGAAUUCAAUACGGUUAAAACCCACCUGGAAGAAAAAGACACAGAGAGAAUUGAUUCAUGGUUAAGAGGGAAAGAAGCAGAAAUUAUUCAUUUCUCUUCACAUUGUCACGAGAGAGUUAGAGAAUUACAGAUAUGUUUAGAGUCACUAGACAGGCUGCAAGAAGACUACAAUCACCUAAAUGACUGGCUUUUGAAACAAGAAGAAAGGUUUCAAGAAAUUGCAAAAACAGAUGAGAAGGAAUUUCAGGACUUCAGUGAAAUAAUAAUUCAACAAAGGGAAGCAUUUGAAAAUCUGACUAACUGUUUGGCAAAUCAAGGGCUAAUUGAAGAGAAAACUGUAAUCGACUCAAAUCAGCUCACCAAAAGGUAUAAGUCACUACUGACAAAGGUCAAUGAUAUUUUGGCAACACACCAAGCUAUUUCUAGAGAAUGUAAAGACUUUGAAGAACUUAGUCGAAGCACUCUCAAGUGGAUCACAGAAAUUCAGGAAUCAGUUUCGCAUUCAAGCUCAAAGGAAGGUUACAAAUGCCUGAUUGAGGAAAAACUUCAUAACAUAAAAGAAAUACUAUUUCUGAAGUCAGAAGGUUAUGCUAAAAUGAAGGUGCUAAGAGAUGCUCAUGACAAGUUAAUUAACAAGAUAAUUGACCGAAACCGAAUUUCUGAAAUAAAUCAGACAACUUCUAAAGUUGAAGAGCAGUGGGAAAGAACAGUGGAAGCAGCUACUAUAUGUAAGAGUGAAUAUGAGAAGAUUUUGCAUCAGUGGAAUGAACUGGAGCGGGACAAAGAACAGCUGCUGAUGAAAAUGUCUGAAUUACAAGAGGAUCAUGAUUUAUCUUAUGAACUUCAGCCUUCCGUCCAAGAAAAACAUGCUCACUUGGAAAAGUAUAAUGCCGCAUUACAGAAUGCUGAGAAUAUAGCUAUCCUAUUAAAUGUGCUGAAACGUAAUGGGAAUGACCUUUUUCAGUUAACAAAAGACCCAAGUCUCAGUGAAGAGUCUUGGUUUGAAAUAAUACACCCUUGUGAUCAACUUAUUAAGGACCUGCAGGACACAGUACAGAGACUAAAACUUCAUUAUGAUGAGCACAUGGAAUACCAAAAUUUGGCUAAAGAGGUCAGUGUCUGGUUGAAGUCUACAUCUGAACAGCUCUGUAGCUAUGUGACUGAAAAAUCAGAAGGAACACUUCCAUCAACAUUACCUCAGCUGCAGGAAGUACUUGCGCACUUGAUGAAGAAAGAAGAAAUGAUAAGUCACUUGAUAGAUCUUUCUAAAGACGUUAAACAGAACACAUCUUUAGAUGGACAAGAGACCAUUGCAGCUGAAGUUGAAGCUUUUCACUGUCAGUACAGAGACCUGAAACAAAGCUUUGAACAAUUACGAUUAGAAACUGAGAUCAUGCCAGGUGAGAAAAAACAAACAAAGGAUUACUUUGCAGUACUUCAUCUGCUGGAUGUGGAGGUCACUAAACUAAAAGAAGAUAUCAAAUCUAUUUCUGAUAAUCUGGUUCCUGUACAAGAACAUCCAACUCUGCAAGACUUGGAAAAAACAUCAAGCAUAGUGGAUAUCAGGCACAGUUUACUGACAUCUUUGCAUCGGUUGGAAGACCUUAUAAGUCACCUACUGGACAGUAGCAAUUUCCAGCCUGGAUCUGAGGUCAUGCCUACUGAAGUUUCUACAAUGAUCCAAAACUGCAGGAGUUUAAUUUCUAAUGCUUCUGAUGAACUAAGUACCUGUGAAGAAACCUUAGAAGAACACUUAUCAAAAUUACUUAACAACUUGCACCAGUGGGCUUCUGAUGUUCAUACUUUAAUGCCAGAAGACAGCAAAUUACCUUUUGAUUCUGCUGAUAGCUUUCGUAACCUUCAAGAAAUUCAAGAACUACCUGAACAUUCUAAUCAAAAGCAAGAACUGCAGAAGUUAUCAGACCUUCCUGUAUCCUUUAAAAAAAACACAACUGCUGAAGGAGAACAAAGUAGUACAACUGAAAGUGGAAUUUGUGAAUAUCAAGAAGGAGAACAAAAACAAAGCUUUAAACAGGUCAAGGAAGAAACCGGGGAAGUGCUAAGUGAACAUGCACCAAGAAAACAGAAGUUUACAGUACUUCAGCUAGUAGACGUAGGAGUCAGUAGAUUAAUUGAAGAUAUUAAAAGCGUUUCUGAAAAACUGAUUCCUGAUCAAAAAAUGUCAACAAAAGAUGAUUCUGAGGGAAUUUUGCCAACAGAUACAGACUUGAAAGACAAACUUUUGGCAUCUCUGUGUAAAUUUGAAGGUCUUCUAAGUCAACUUGUCAAUUACAGCGGUUCCCAACAGAGUUACAAGCUUAUCUCUGAUGAUAUGUUUACUGUGUUGCAAGACUGCAAAAGUUUAAUUUCAAAGGCUUCUGGUGAACUAAGUACCUGUGAAAUAAACUUAGAAGAACACUUAUCCAAAUUGCUUCAUGAUUUGCAGCAGUGGUCUUCUACUGCUCAUAACUUAAUGCCUGAAGGCACUGAAUUAUCUUUUGAGUCCACCCACAGUCUUGACAAUCUUCAAGAAAUUCAAGAUCUCCUCAACCUGCACCAUUUGUUCAUAUCAAAGCAGGAACAACAGAGUGAAGCUACAUUAGAAGAUCACACAAAAACAGACAAAGAAAUGGCCACGGGGAAACCUGCAUGUUCAGUACCGCUGAAUGAACAGGUUCAUCAGUAUGGUGAAGUAACUAAUGCAACUUAUGGUAAUUUGAAUAACUGUGUCCAUGAACUCAAUGACUGGCUGAGGAGCACAGCUGAAACACUGGGGACGUACAGAACUAAUGAGUGUGAGAAGGAAGAGCUGAAUGAAAGGAUUGCUGCCACGGAGAUGUUACUGUCUGAAAUUAAACAAAAGUGUCUGGAUGUUGACAUGAUAUCAAGCCAGGCUGAAAUCAUGAAAGGAUGCCUAUCUCCUGAAGAAGUAGAGAAAAUGGAGGCAGACCUUAAAUGGGCCAGAGAGGAAUGUGACAACUUGCUUAAAGAUACUGAUGCAUAUAAAAGAUGCUUGGAUUAUGUACUAAAUGAUUUGAAGAACUUUCAUGCAGAAUUUCAGCCAGCGUAUGACUGGUUUGAUACAGUCAGAGAAACUAUAAGCAACCUAACCAAAGAGUACAGAGAGCUAGAAGAUAAGGAGUUGUCGCUGAAUGACAUCAAGACUGCAUAUGCUGCGGCAAUGGAUUAUGAAGUCCAUGUAGGAAAAAUUUUAGCUGAAAAACAGCGUUUCAAGAUCUCAUGCUUAGUGGAAAAGGAGAUGAAAGAACACAUUCGUGAGAGUGAAGCUAUAGCUGAAAAACUUAAGGAAGCUUUAGCCGUAGUUGAAAGAAGUGUUCAUGAUCAUCAUCACUAUAAAGAAUGCCUAAAAAACUUUGAACUAUGGCUUCAUGAUACUGAAGAACAUGUUCAUUUUCUGUCAUCUGAGAAGGAGAAUGAAACACCAGAAGCAAGGGCAUUACUACUGCAGAAACUACAAAAUUGCAUUUCAGAAGGCAAUAGAUUACAAGAUACAGUUUGCCAAGCAAGAGAGGUGGUAUCAAAAUCUGGACAGUCUCUGAAAGACAACAAAGUGCUGGAAGAUCUGCAGAAGCAGUGGAAACGGUGUCAACAGGAACUGGAGCAGUUUUUGACAAACGUUAGCACAUAUAUAUCUUUGGCUGCCCCUCAGGUGGAACAUGCUCAAAGCAUGAAAAAUGCUGCAAAAUAUAAUGAAUCAUUGUUUCCUGAAAACUACGCAGAGAAAACAGAAACUAAGGAUGAAGUUUCAUUAAGAAUCAUUAUUGAUCAGUGCCAAGAAGCUUUAGAAAAAGUCAACAGCUUCCUUAUGAAAUUUGAAAAUGAGAUUGAUUCUCAAAGAUUUGACCUUACUAAUACGGAGCUGCUUCGGACAUUUUGCAAAAAUCCUUAUGGGAAUGAAAAACUUUUUGAAGAACAGCUUGCUGAAGUACAGCAUUUUAUGCAAUGGCCCCAGCUUGUCAUGGCAAGUCAGCUGAAAGAAAGAAAUCAGUUUGAAGAUGCAUUAAGUAAACUGCUUGUCAAGUAUUCUGUCCUAAAAGGAAAGGCUGAACUGCAGAAAAGUGAAAUGGAAAGGUGUCUGGAAAAGUAUGAUAAAUACAGUGCUGUCAAAGAGGGCAUUGACAACAAGUUAACUACCUGGGAGAGUAUGCUGAAAAAAUUGGCCUCUCAUAUAUCCCUAUCAUGCAGUGAUGCAUUGGAACACAUGGAGAAAAACAAGAUGUUUCUGUCAGAGUUGGAGUCAGCGGAUGGAGAAUUAAUGACGUUACAAAAAGAAGCAUCAGAACUAAGCACGAUCUGUACUAAAAGUGAUGCUUGUCUUGUUACGGAUGGUGUAGAGGCCGUACAGAUGAAGUUGUCCCAUUUACAGGAAGCUGCAAAAGAGCUGUGUCUUAAUGGUGAAAAGAAGCAAAGAGAAUGGGAAGAUGUUACUGCAGAAAUUGAAAGAGCAACAAUUACACUUGAUAAUCUCCAUGACAAGAUACCUGAGUGUUCUAAGGAAAAGGCUACAAAAUCUGACCUUGUAGAGCUACUGGACUAUAUUGACAGAUAUGAGGAAGAUUUAUUAAAAGGAUUGUCAUCUUUGGAUUUACUGGUUCAUCGUACUAAAUGCCUUGUUGAUGCAAGUGAGACUUCUCAGCACAUUGAAGCUGCUCCUGUCAUGCAGGAAUUGCAGGCAAUGCAGGAUCGGUAUAAAACCUUUAAAGAAAAAGCCAGAAAAAGGCGUCUUUCAGUAGAAGCAGAGAAUGACGAACGGGAAAGCACCAAAAAGGAAAUAAAUGAUCUAAAGGCAGUGCUAAACGACUUAGAAUCGCAGUUACCUAAUUUGGCAAUUCAAGAUGCCAAAGAAAAGGAAAAACAUUUAAAGGAACUUCAGAGCAAAGUCCAUGCCCAGGAAGCAGCUAUUGAAAAUAUCAUGAAAAAGCUGCAAGCAAAGUAUUGUGAUAUGUAUACUAUUGUUCCUGUUGAAACUGAAGUCCAGUUGGAAGAAUGCAGAAAUAUCCUCAGUGCUGUACAAGAAAAGGUUGAUUUACGUUUGUUGGAGAGCAAGCCGGGAUACAAAGUGAAUAAGAAAAUAGAAGAGAUUCACACUGGCUUAAAGAAUGUUGAAGAGUUGUUACAGCAGAAGAGCCCAAGCGCUGCAUCGGCUUUGAUGGUCCAAAAGAAAAUAUGGAAAGAGUUGGACGUCUGGCAUCCUAAACUAACAGCGCUUGAUGCUGAGAUACAGGAAUUUGCUGAAGAAAACCCAUCUGAAGCCCAAGAAUUAAUGGAUAACUUACUAGCACCUCAGCAACUGUGUCAACAACUGUCCUUAACUGUUGAAGAGAGAUCUACACUGAUAAAUAGGAUCACGACUCGAUUGACAGAAUUUGAUGAACUUAUAGCUAGCAUACAGGCUUGGAUCCAGACUACAGACACGUUGUUAGUAGAACAUAAAAAGUUUGACUCUGCAAAGUCAUUGAAUAAACAUCUCUGUGAUCUUCAGAUGGCAUUAGAAGAUUCCUACCAAAAGCAGGACAGACUUCUUGCUUUUGUGUCAGUACUACAAGAGUUUUCUGCAGUAUGUGAUACAGACAGCAUGCUACAACAGCUCAAUGAACAAAAUGAUAAAAUUGGAAGCACACGGGAAAUUAUUGUUGACUAUAUUCAAGAAAGACAACAUCUUGCAAUGGAAUUAGAUGUUAUUGAAACAGAAGUUAAGAAGAUAGAGAAAAGUACUGGCAAAAUCAGAGCCAUAUUAGAAUCAACUGAUGUAGUUGGCAUUUCCCUUGAAGAACACCUUAAGAACCGAGAGGUUGUUCUUCAGAAUAUCAGUCCUAUGAAAAAGACUAUAAAAGAGAUAAAAACGUAUUCAUCAAUGCUGAAGUUGCCCCGUGAUCUGUAUGAUUCAUUGAUAGUAGUACAGAAGACAGAUAAACUUUUUCAAAGACUUGAGGAUUUAACAGAAGUAACAUCUCAACAAAGUGAAGUAUUAAAGUCUGCACUACUAGAGGCCGACAGUCUCAAUAAAGAAAUUGAAAGAAUUAAGCAAGAACUAGAAUGUGCACUGGACCCAACCUAUGUACUGCAGGAGCUGUCAAUCGAGUCUGACUUCAGCACGAUGCAGGGAAAUAUGGAAACUUUGAGGACAAAACUUGGAGAGCUGGAAAGUAAAAAAGAGGCUUUACUGACAAGCGUUGAAAAUGAAAUGACAUCCUUGACUGAACAUUCAGAUCAGGACAAGACAUUAGUGGAAGAAGGAGAUUUGUGUGCAUCGUUUUCUGAAGAGGAGUCUGACAGAACAGCAGGAAAAGGGGACAUUAACAGAGGAGUAAAAAAGAAAGGAAAAAUAUCCCACCUUCCGUGUGUGUCCGAGAUAACAGAAGAAAGUGGCAUCUUAGACAUCAAUAUUCUGAAAGGCUCAGAAGGUAUUCCUCAAGAAGGUUUAAUCUCAUUGACCGAUAUAGAUGACGACAGUAGCUCUUCAGGAACCCUGACCGACAUAAUUUAUCAGGAUAUACAGGACUUUGGAGAUCAUGGAGCAGAAAACAUUAAAGACACAGCCACAGAGUCUUCAGCCAAAAAAUAUGAUGAAGGCGAGGGGACAAAUCUCAUUACAAAUGAAACUGCAUACAGUGAGGACAGUGUGAGCACUGCAGCAGCUGUUCAGGACUUUGGAGAUAAAACACUGGAAAGCAUCAAAGAUACAGUGACAGAUGUGUCAACCUCAGAACAUGAUGAAGAUGUUGGAGCAAGUCUUGUUACAGAUGAAGUGGUACACGCAGAGGACAACCUGGUCAUUGCAGCAGAUACACAGGACUUUGACAAUCAGAGAGUAGAAGAUAUCAAAGAUAGAGUGGCAGAUGUUUCAACCUCAGAACAUGAUAAAGAUGUUGGAGCAAUUCUUGUUACAUGUGAAGUAGCAUACAGUGAGGCCGAUGUGGUCACUGCAACGGAUACACAGGACUUUGACAAUCAGAGAGUAGAAGAUAUCAAAGAUAGAGUGGCAGAUGUUUCAACCUCAGAACAUGAUAAAGAUGUUGGAUCAAUUCUUGUUACAUGUGAAGUAGCAUACAGUGAGGUUGAUGUGGUCACUGCAACGGAUACACAGGACUUUGACAAUCAGAGAGUAGAAGAUAUCAAAGAUAGAGUGGCAGAUGUUUCAACCUCAGAACAUGAUAAAGAUGUUGGAGCAAUUCUUGUUACAUGUGAAGUAGUAUACAGUGAGGCCGAUGUGGUCACUGCAACGGACAUACGUGGCUUCAAAGAUCAGAAAGUAGAAAACAUCAGUGAUACGAUGGCACAGGUUUCAACCACAGAAUAUAAUGAAGGUGUUGGACCAAGUCUAGUUGCAGAGGAAGUGGUACACACUGCGGGCAGCCUAAUCAUUGCAGCAGAUGUUCAGGACUUUGGAGAUAAAACACUGGAAAACAUCAAAGAUACAGUGGCAGAUGUGUCAACCUCAGAACAUGAUGAAGAUGUUGGAGCAAGUCUUGUUACAGAUGAAGUGGUACACGCAGAGGACAACCUGGUCAUUGCAGCAGAUAUUCAGGACUUUGUAGAUCAAACACCGGAAAGCAUCAAAGAUACAGUGGCAGAUGUGUCAACCUCAGAACAUGAUGAAAACGCUGGAGCAAGUCUUGUUACAGAUAAAGUGGUACACGCAAAGGACAGCUUGGUCAUUGCAGCAGAUGUUCAGGACUUUGGAGAUAAAACACUGGAAAGUGUCAAAGAUACAGUGGCAGAUGCGUCAACCUCAGAACACGAUGAAGAUGUUGGAGCAAGUCUUGUUACAGAUAAAGUGGUACAUGCAAAGGACAACCUGGUCAUUGCAGCUGAUGUUCAGAACUUUGGAGAUCAAACACCGGAAAGCAUCAAAGACACAGUUGCAGAUGUGUCAACCUCAGAACAUGAUGAAGAUGUUGCAGCAAGUCUUGUGACAGAUGAAGUGGUACAAGCAGAGGACAACCUGGUCAUUGCAGCAGAUGUUCAGGACUUUGGAGAUCAAACACUGGAAAGCAUCAAAGAUACAGUAGCAGAUGUGUCAACCUCAGAACAUGAUGAAGAUGUUGGAGCAAGUCUUGUUACAGAUGAAGUGGAACACGCAGAGGACAACCUGGUCAUUGCAGCAGAUGUUCAGGACUUUGGAGAUCAAACACCGGAAAGCAUCAAAGAUACAGUGGCAGAUGUGUCAACCUCAGAACAUGAUGAAGAUGUUGGAGCAAGUCUUGUGACAGAUGAAGUGGUACACGCAGAGGACAACCUGGUCAUUGCAGCAGUUAUUCAGGACUUUGUAGAUCAAACACCGGAAAGCAUCAAAGAUACAGUGGCAGAUGUGUCAACCUCAGAACAUGAUGAAAACGCUAGAACAAGUCUUGUGACAGAUGAAGUGGUACACACAAAGGACAGCUUGGUCAUUGCAGCAGAUGUUCAGGACCUUGGAGAUAAAACACUGGAAAGUGUCAAAGAUACAGUGGCAGAUGCGUCAACCUCAGAACAUGAUGAAGAUGUUGGAGCAAGUCUUGUUACAGAUGAAGUGGUACACGCAGAGGACAACCUGGUCAUUGCAGCAGAUGUUCAGAACUUUGGAGAUCAAACACCAGAAAGCAUCAAAGAUACAGUGGCAGAUGUGUCAGCCUUAGAACAUGAUAAAGAUGUUGGAGCAAGUCUUGUGACAGAUGAAGUGGAACACGCAGAGGACAACCUGGUCAUUGCAGCAGAUGUUCAGGACUCUGGAGAUCAAACACCGGAAAGCAUCAAAGAUACAGUAGCAGAUGUGUCAACCUCAGAACAUGAUAAAGAUGUUGGAGCAAGUCUUGUUACAGAUGAAGUGGUACACGCAGAGGACAACCUGGUCAUUGCAGCAGAUGUUCAGGACUUUGGAGAUCAAACACCGGAAAGCAUCAAAGACACAGUUGCAGAUGUGUCAACCUCAGAACAUGAUGAAGAUGUUGGAGCAAGUCUUGUGACAGAUGAAGUGGUACACGCAGAGGACAACCUGGUCAUUGCAGCAAACACAGCAGAGCAUAUGGAUCAGUCAGAUGGAACUACUGAAGACAAGGCUCCGAGCGUUUCAUACAAAGGAUAUGACGAGCAUAGCCGUGAAGAUACAGGGCUUGAUCUACAAGAAAUGGGUGACGAAAAAAGAAAGAAGGAAGUUGCUGUGCAGCCUGACAAGCUAAUGACAAGACUUCCCCACCAUAAUAUUAUUCAUGACUGUCAAAUACAAGCUUCUGAGCUGGAGCAGUGGCUAAAAAGAUCCAUGGUGUGUGUGACAGAGCAGCUGCAAACUCCAGAAAUGCAGGAAAACUUGGAGCAGCAACUUCUAGAAUGUCAGAAUUCUAUAUUAGACAUGGAAAAGAAAGUUGCUUCUUUAUCUGCUCCGAGAAAGCCAUUUGAACUACCCAUGCAAGGAGAUACUUCAACCAAUCAGGAAGAAGUUGAAGUACUUCUGUUAAAAUUGGAAAGGUUGAAGUCCGAGUUAAUCAAGUGCCAGGCAGUGCUUCAAGACAAACAACAUGAAGAAGAGACUGGAAGAAUUGCUUGCUUCAUUUCAAGUGCACAUGACGCAUUUACCUGCAGUAAGGUUCCACUCAGCAGACAAAGCAGCUUACAGCAUCAGAAGGAACUUGAAAAGGAGCUGCAUGAACAAAGAGACCUGACUGUCUAUAUUGUGCAACAUGGGGAGAGAAUGUGGAAACAGUACCAGCAGGGAACAUCAGGCACUCAUCUCUUAUCCUCAGAGCAGAACAAUGGCUUUGAGCUCCCAAUGAAUUCAUUUCAGGAAGAGAUGUCACACACUGAUUUACCAGUUAAAUUUCCACUAUCUAAAGAUUUGACAAGAAGCAAAUGGCAGUACCUAUCUGAGGCACUUACAUACAAAGUGAAUUCUCUCAAAACUUUCUUCCCACAAGACAGCAAGCCAGAGAUCACUGUUACAACUAGCAGUCUACCUGGCAUUCCCAAAUCACCAAUGGCUGGCAUCCAGCUAUGCAUUGUAGAAGAUCUUAGAGCCUGCACUGGGAAGUUGAAAGAUCUGGAGACUGCAGCUACUCCUUCUCAGUCACAGGUGGACAGCGAAUUACGCUUUAAACAUGAAGAACAUCUACAGGACAUUCUGUAUGGAAUUCACAGUUGUCUUAAUGGUAUGGAGGAGAUGCUGGUCAGCAGCAGUGUACUGUCCACUGAAGAAGCUUUGAUGCAGGUGUCCCACUACGAGCCUUUAGCCAAGGAACUGGAAAUACUUACUUCAGAAUUAAGCAGCAGAAGAGACUGCAUAAUAAGAACUUUCUGCCAUUCCAGUGAAAAUGGUGAUCUCAUCAGUGGUUGUUUACUGGGUUUGGAAACUCGUCUCAUACUGGAUCAGACAGCCAUGUUGUCAAGAAACAAGACAAUACAAGAAGGAAUAGAUCAGAUCAGUAGCUAUCAGACUGAAAUAAGGCAAUUGCAUCAUUCCCUGGCUGAGAAAAGAUGCACUAUGCAGCAAACUUUAAACAGCAUGAGUGGACAGAGUGCUGCUGAACAGCUUCAGAAAAUAGAUGAGUUUGAUACAGAUCUGAAAACAUCAGAAAGCCAUAUAGCAAAACUAAGGCUCUGUGGAGAGCAUCGUCAGCUGCAGCCUGCAGUCAUGCAAGAAGUGUGCAAGUUAGAGGAUGUUCUUGAUAACACAUGGAGUAUACUGAGGAGCCGAAAAGAAGAAAUAGUACAGAACCUAACCUCUGAGACUCAGUAUAACAGACUGGUACAUGGCCUUGUAGAAUUAGUAGAUGCUGGACAAGAACAACUGUCUCAAAGUACAAAGCAUCUGCCCAGGAAUAAAACAGAUCUGCAGAAAUACCUUCAGGAUUACAAGAACUCUUUCUGCAAACUUGACAAUCACUUGGUCAUUGUGAAGAUGUUUUGCCACAGAACUUCUUCACAUCUGUUGAAACAGAAUGAAAAAUUUUGGGUGGAGUUAGAAAAUGAAGUUAAGAGUCUACAGCAGAGGGCCAUGGACCAUGGCAUACAUUUGGAAAGGAUUUUACAGGCAUGGAUCACAUUUGAGGAUGACUAUGCAAUUCUUUGCAAAGAACUUGAGGGCUUGAGAUCAACAAUACCUUCCACGGGGUUGGUGGAAGAGUCAGAAGAACGACUGGCUGAAAGAAUUGCCUUAUACAAGCAAAUAAAGAGUGAGCUGGUUGGCAAACAUCCCAUGCUUUACCAAACACUUAAGGAGGGGAAGGCACUGCUCAGCUCUGUACAAUGUCCAGAGUUAAAGACCAAAAUUGCAGAGCUAGAGAAUCAAUACCUCUCCUUAUCCAAACAGAGCAGCCAUGAACUACAUCGACUAGAAACAUUGCUUGAACGAUGGAUCUGCUUCAAAGGAAAGUCAGAUGAGCUGAACAGAUGGCUGGAGACUGCUAUGCAGAGACUAAACUACUGGAAACAACACUCUGUCAAUGUGCCGCAGGACUUGGACACUGUAAGAAACCACCUCACACUUCUCCUUGAAUAUGAGAAAGAAGUGGAUAACAAGUCUUCCCUAAAGACAUCCGUCAUAAACAUAGGCAACCAACUGCAGCGCCUGAAACAAGCUGACACAGCAUUACUUCGAUCACAGCUAGCAGAGUUUGAUCAGCAGUGGGCAGAAAUACAUAAACAGCUUCCAACAAUCCGGGAAAAGUUUCACCAACUGCAGAUGGAAAAACUAUCAUCUCGCCAAGGAAUUUUAGAACUGAUGGCUUGGAUGGGCCAGCUGAAUGCUGCAAUAAAAGAAGAUGAACAGAAAUUAAAUACACAAUGUGGAGCAGUUGUUAUUAGAGACCUUCUCCAAAAGUACAAGGAGUACAAAAUGGAAAUGAACGGCAAGCAGCUGACAGUCGAGUUUGUCAACCAGUCACUCCUACAGAUGAGCAGUGAUGAUGUUGAAGGCAAACGGUAUGAGACAAUUAAGUUUGCCGAAUGCCUUGGUGAUAUGAAUCUUGAGUGGAAGAAACUGCAAGCCACUGUAAACCAAAAGGAGUACAAAAUGGAAAUGAACGGCAAGCAGCUGACAGUCGAGUUUGUCAACCAGUCACUCCUACAGAUGAGCAGUGAUGAUGUUGAAGGCAAACGGUAUGAGACAAUUAAGUUUGCCGAAUGCCUUGGUGAUAUGAAUCUUGAGUGGAAGAAACUGCAAGCCACUGUAAACCAAAAGAUUCAGAGCCUAGAAGAUCACUUGGAAAUAUGGACAGAAAAUGAAAACAGAAUACAGCCAUUAAGCAGAUGGUUUGAAGUACAGAAGGACCACUUGGAAGUGCAGCAGAAGCCAGACAGUCUAAUAGCAGCUAAGAAUACUAUAAUGGAGUGCAAGGAACUAGCAUCAAAAAUAGAAGGAAAAGUUGCUGAAACAGAAGAACUUAAGAAAGAUUUCCUGACACAAGAGUGUGAUGGUGGCCCAACUUCGUCUGAUUUUGGUGACAAUGUGAAUGAGCUAUAUACACUGAGUUCAGGCCUAAGCAAACAGGUCAGUGACUUAGAUGAGUCCACUCAGUCUGUCAUAAAGCUCUGGGAAGAAUAUGAAGACGUUUAUGAUACUGUCAUCAUGAACACUAUUAAAGCCAGGUAUUUGUUAGACCACAACAAGCCCUUGGUACCUUUACUGGAAACUCUGCAAAAGCAGGUGGACUGCUUACAGCACCUCCUGGAUGAUACAGAAGAAAAUGAAGCAAGCUGCAAGAAACUUGGAGCUACUGCUGAAAAUCUCAAAAAGGAGUGCAGCCCCCUCACUUAUGAUCUUAUAGACCAAAGAGUAAAAGAAGGACUACUAGGAUGGUCUGCAAUAAACAGAGAUAUAAUGGAUCAGUUGCACUCGUCUCAAGAAUUGCUUCAGCACUGCCAGAUGUACAGAUCAUUACACCAAAAUGUGACAAGUGAGAUAGAAGCAAAUGAAAAAGAAUGGAAUGUCCUAGCUGAGAGCUGUUUGGGUGACAGUACAACAGAAUCCUUAAAGAAAACUAUGCAGGAUAUUGAAAAACUACAAGUCAGUAUUAAGGCAACAAAAGUGAAUCUUGUUCAGCUUUCUGAGGCAGCAGACAAACUGGCUCAAGAAGUUGAUCCUGUAGCACAGGCAAACAUCAAUUCUGAAAGAGAAGACCUUUCGCAAAGACUUUCACAACUGGAAAAUGCACUGUCUUUGAACUUACUAAAACUUCAGAAUGAGACACAUCAACAUGAAGAAUUCAGCAAAUCACUGGAGGCAUUAGAGAACUGUGUCAAUGAAUCUAGAGAAGUUUUAGAUGAGCUAUACUCUCUACGCAAGGAAGGAACUGACAUUGACAAAUUCAAGACUCAUAUGUUGCAUUUAAGUGGCUUGUCCCAAGACCUUGAGCUUCUGAAUGACCAGACAUUUACAUUACCUAUAAGUGACAUCAAUAUAAAGCGAGUACAGAGUCUCAACCAAAAGUGGGCACAGACCACUGGGACAGCUCUAGAAAGAUGCAGUGAACUUCAAGGAAUGCAGUUACAGAAAGAUAAUUUUGUUCAAAACUGUGAGAACUGGAACAAAUUCCUUGAGGAAAUGGAAGCCAAUAUAGCAGUAGAUGUUGCUGGGUGCUACAAAGACCUUCAGAAACAACAAAGGAUGCAUGAGAGGUUUCAAGCAGAUGUUUCAGCUGCACACCAGAUUUUAAAUUCAGUUAUAACUGAAGUUCUACAGCUAAUGGCAAAAGCAGAUGUGGAAGACAGAUGUGAAUUUGUAUCGAAGGUGACCUUGUUGAAGGAACAGUGGUACAGAGUAAUACAAAGAGUACAGCAGAAGAAGGGGUUCAUCGAUCAGCUUGUACAACAAUGGCAACAUUUUGCCAGUUCUGGUAGAAAUGUCCAGAGUGUCCUUACUGACACAGCAAAUCAACUAUCCAUUAUCAGUUGCCAAAACCACCUGAGUAUUCAACAAACAAGGAAACUUCUCGAAGACACUAAGCACAGGGAAGCUCUUUUGCAAAGGCAGUGUGGUGCGUACCUCUCUACACUGCAGCUUGGAAAACAGUUGUUACUAAUGGCCGAUGUUGUAACAGAGGCUUCCCUGCAGGAGGAUCUUAACCGAAUGCAGCAAAACUGGGAGAAGACAUGUGGCCAGCUAAAGGAGAGAAGGAUUCAUUUAAGUACUAUUGUGGAGACCUGGAAAAACUCUGAGAAGAAACUGAAUGAAUCAGACCAAAAGCUACAGAACAUUAAGAUAAACCUGACUGAACCCAUUCCAGAAAUGCACGAAGAACUACAUCAAGCUGAAGAGCAGAGCAAGGAGUUAGAGGACUCACUCACUGACUGGUAUCAAAGCCUCAUUGAGGUAACCACUAUGAAGACAGAUUUGUCUCGAUAUAUUAUUACAGAAGAUGUGGAGCUACUGAAGGAGCAGAUUGAACACUUGCAUAGACAGUGGGAAGAACUCUGUUUAAGGGUGUCCUUACGUAAGCAGGAGAUUGCGGACAAGCUCAAUGCCUGGAUCAUCUUCAGUGAAAAGAACAAAGAGUUGUGCGAAUGGCUGACACAGAUGGAAAGCAAAGUAUCCCAAAAUGCAGAUGGUAGCAUUGAAGAAAUGAUAGAAAAACUAAAAAAGGACUACAUGGAAGAAAUAAACCUGUUUAGUGAAAAUAAACUUCAUUUAAAACAACUUGGUGAACAACUCCUUAAAGUUAGCAGUACGCCAAGAGUUGGAGAAAUAGAUGGCAAACUUGUCAGCAUUAAUGAUCGCUGGCAGCAUCUUCUCGACCUUAUUGGAUCACGAGUGAAGAAAUUGGAAGACACUUUUGUUAGUCUACAAAAGCUGGACAAGAAUAUGAGCAACCUUCGUACCUGGCUGGCCCGUAUUGAGUCGGAGUUAUGUAAACCUGUCAUCUAUGAGAUCUGCGAUAACCAAGAAAUUAAAAAGAAGCUCAAUGAGCAACAGGAUCUGCAGAGGGACAUUGAAGAUCACAGUCCUGGUGUUGCAUCUGUGUUGCAUAUUUGUAAUGCUCUAUUGCACGAUACUGAUGCCUGUGCCACAGAGACCGAAUGUGAUUCAAUCCAACAGACCACUACAAGUCUGGACAGGCGGUGGAGAAAUAUCUGUACUAUGUCGAUGGAGAGGCGUAUGAAGAUUGAAGAAACUUGGCAUUUGUGGAAUAAGUUUUUAGAGGAUUACUCUCGUUUUGAGGAUUGGUUGAAUUCUGCAGAAGUGGCAGCAGCUAAUCCUAACUCAUCAGAAGUUUUAUACACAAAUGCAAAGGAGGAAUUAAAGAAGUUUGAGGCAUUUCAGCGUCAGGUACAUGAGCGUUUAACCCAGCUGGAGCUUAUUAACAAACAGUACAGACGACUUGCUCGUGAGAACCGUACUGAUGCAGCCAACAAGCUAAAACAGAUGGUGCAUGAAGGGAACCAGCGAUGGGACAAUCUCCAGAAAAGGGUUGUGGCUAUCUUAAGGAGACUUAAGAACUUCAUCAACCAGAGAGAGGAGUUUGAGGGGACAAGAGAAGGCCUUCUCAUGUGGCUAACUGAAAUGGAUCUUCAGCUUACUAAUGUUGAGCACUUUUCAGAGAGUGAUACUGAUGACAAAAUGCGGCAAUUAAAUGGUUUCCAACAAGAGAUCACACUGAAUACCAAUAAAAUUGAUCAGCUGAUAGUGUUUGGUGAGCAGAUGAUCCAGAAGAGUGAGCCGAUGGAUGCAGUUCUGAUAGAGGAUGAGCUCGAGGAGCUCCAUGCUUACUGCCACGAGGUGUUUGGGCGAGUCUCACGGUUCCACCAGCGACUGACCUCCAAAUCUUUGAUUCCAGAUGAUGAAAAGGAUGUGUCUGACAAAGAGACGGAUGGAGAUGAUUCAAAAGAGAUGAGUGUUUCCUGGGAAGAGAAAGUGGUUAACGUGACUCCUCCUUCACCACAACCACUUAAUCAACUCAUGCCACCAGCUCCUGGAUAUGAACGAUCAGGUCGUGAAACACCAGUUAGCGUGGACUCUAUUCCACUAGAGUGGGACCAUACAGUGGAUGUCGGUGGUUCAUCAUCCCAUGAAGAUGAAGAUGAGGCAACAUAUUACAGUGCUCUGUCAGAUGUAGAAAUCACAGAAAACCCUGAAGCUUAUCAUAAAAUGACAACCAAAACCUUGAAAUCAACUACUGGACGGUCUGUCACAGAGCCACCCACUUGGCAUUCACCUGGAAGUAAAGAAGGCAGAAAGCAGCCGUUUCAUCCACCUGACGUUAUUAGGACUCUUAUUUCCACAAGUCCAGACAGGAGUGCACCCCAUAGCCCACAACAUGUUGGGCUAUGUUCAAAAGACAGUUUAAAACAAGCUGCAGAUACAUUUCCUGAGGAAGAGUAUGAAGAAUCAUUAGGGAUUGUUGGUUUGGAGCCUUCGGAAGAUCAGUCAGAGAGUUUGAAGAUUAUGAAGGCCAGAACCCUAAGUGAUGAACUAAGUAUUAAGCAAAACAUUCAGCAGUGGAAACAGUUGAACUCUGAUCUAAACAACAUUUCUUCCUGGUUAGAAAACAUGGAAAUUGAGUUAGAAGAGGCAAAGAAGCUGGAAACUGCAACAGACUUUCAAACCAUUGAACAAAGAAUAAAGAAACUAAAAGAGAGACAAAAAUCGUUUGAAAACUACAGGUCUUUGGUGUUGUCCGUUAAUCAGAGUAGCAAAGAUUUUCAACAGACUGAUAGUGCAGACUCCAGGGACCUUCAACAGAGGCUUCAUCAAAUGAACUUCUCCUGGGAGAAGGCUUGUGACUCACUGGCUGCAAGGAAAAUGAGUUUGCAGGAUGCUCUUCUGCAUAGUCAAGAGUUCCACGAAAGAUGCCAUAAACUGCUACUCUGGUUAGACACUGCAGAGGAGAGGAGACAUAAAGCAGUCCAGGGUUGGGGCUCCAGUGAGCCUCAUGUAUUGUUACACUGUCAAAGGCAAUUGAGGCAACUUGAGGGAGAACUGAUGGAACAACAGCCUCAAGUGAAUCGUCUUCAGGAGAGCAUCCACCUUUUGGAUGGAACACGCAAAAACUGUAAUGAAGCUAAAGAGAAAGUAGGUGUGAUCGGAAGCAGACUAAAGCAGCUACUCAAACAGGUUUCAAGGGAUCUGGAAAGUGUUCAACAAAAUCUAGAUAAAAGUUCUGCAUCAUCUCUGGAUGAGUUAGAUUCCGGGAUUCAAACCAGCACACCUCUUCCUUCAACAGAUAGGAGUGAAGAAAGCCUGAUGGUUACCCGAAGCAUGGAAGAUAGCAGAAUGCAGAUGCAGGCUGAUACCAGUCAAGAAGUUUCUAGACCUUGUUCCUUCUUUUAUCGAGUAAUCCGAGCAGCAUUACCACUGCAGCUGUUACUGCUCUUGCUUGUCCUUCUUGCUUGCUUGAUCCCAGUCACAGAAGAUGACUACAGCUGUACUCACAUGAACAAUUUUGCUAGGUCAUUCUACCUGAUGCUGAAGUAUACGAAUGGACCUCCCCCAACGUAACUUGUCAGCUUAUGUCAGCUGUACGUUGGUGCAGUUAAGUUCCAGAGCAAAACCAUACAAAUAUCUCAAGCUCAGUGACUUGCUGUUUUCUGUGCAUCCUUAGCACACACACAGACUUGUACAGUAUUCUUUUCAUAAGAACAGAUUGUUUAAUACUUUUUAUAGGGUCAAAUGUUAAUAAGUAUUUGUUUUCUACUGAAAGGCACUGUUAAACUAUUUUUUUUUACUUUCAGUACUACCUUGAUUGCAUUUGUUCAAUGGUAGUAGUGUAACAUUUGUAGAGAGUUAUAUUUCUUUAUACAGUUCCCUAGAAAUAGCCUAUCAUCAGGUAUUCAGAAUGUAUAGCCGUCUUUUUCAAGCAAAAUCACUAUGUGUGAUGUUCAAAAGCCAUAUUUGUGUACAAAUAUAUACCACUGCAUUGCUUUAUUGAUAAGUUCAUUUAACCUGAAAGUGAUUCUUUAUUGUUUGAUGUGGAACAUGCACAUAUUUUACUCUACAGAUUAUUUUAUUAUUGAAUAUUGUUUUUCUGCAAAAUGUAUUUAUCAGUGUUACUCAAAUCCUGACAGAAAAAAUAUUUAGAAAACAAAACAUUUCACACAUAACAAGUUUUUUUUUUUCAGUGACAAAGUUGAAAAAUGUCAGACAUGACAUUUUUCAAAGAUUACAUCCUGGAUGAUAUGGCUGUACUUCAUUAUGGAGUAUCCUUCUUGUAUGAAAAAGUACUAUAAAUUGAGCUGCACUAUAAUAUCAGUCUGUAUAAUGAUUAUUUUAAUGGCUUUUAGAAUACUGCAGCCAGCACUCCACACCUACUAGCAGCAUUUAAUUUGUCCUUUAUGGUUGACAAAUGCAGUUUAAAGAACAAAAAGGAGUGUGGUGAGCUGUGCCACCAAGAAAUUAUUUUUAAAGUAAUGUGUACAGAAUAUUUGCUAUGUAACAGAAAAGAUGAAGAACACUAGUUGUAUUUAUUGUUUAUUUCCCAAGCUAGCUUCAGUUUAGUGUAAUUUAAUAAUAUCUAGAUUUUCCCCUUUUUCCACCUGGUGUGACUGAAGUUGUGGGAAUUAAGUGGCUUUCACUGAGACAAAUAAAUGCGUCUCGUGGUGAGUUGAACCAGAAGCUUCCUGGUUUAUAAGCCAUCGCUUAAGUCUUGGGCACAGCAUUGUGCUUCAGCAGCAUGAUGCUAUAAUAGGCCUGGUUAAACCUCUACAGAAACAAGCAUACCAAUCUAAUCUUGUUUAUAGAAAAGGGAAUGUGGGUAUUGCAUGGACUUCAGACUCCAUUCUUUGCAACCAUGUUAAGUCUGUAAUAGAAUUUUUUCACUAACUGUGUUAAAAUAUUUAAAAAGUAUGUAAUAAUUUUUAUUCAAAAUGUUUUUGACUUAUUGAAUGUUGCAUAGAAUGCCAAAAGAAGCUAUGUUUUAGAAUCAUAGGGGUUAUUUUUGACCUAUGAGGUACGGGUUUUGCUUUUUUUGGGAAGGGGAAGCACAUAAAAAAUGUCAUAGAUUUUAGUUGAGGUGUACAGUUAUAAUUGUAUUUUAAAAGAGCAAUCUAUUUAUGGGAUGUAUAAUGCAAUUAUGUUUUUACUUGUUAAUAAAAUACUGCCACUGUUUUUGCUAUGACUGUUA